CAAAUCAGACUGCGGGAGCACGCUGAAAGAUGUGGAUCAACUACCCUCGGCUCUUGACAUCAUUCAAAACUUGACGUCUAGUUUUACUAGUUCAGUGUGCUUAGACCCCUCCUUCUCUACUGAUGCAUGUCAAGACAGACUGAGCUCCAUAAAACUAGCAGAGUGAGAACACCUGUAAACCCAACAACAGCUUCAGCUGCGAUGUCUAACACAGACUACAAUCCCUCGUCUUAAAACCCCAGUACCUGCGAGAGGACAUGUCUGCAAACCUUCCCGAAGAGGACCUCUCCUGUCCCGUGUGCUGCGAGAUCUUCCAGGAUCCGGUGCUCUUGCCAUGCAGCCACAGUUUCUGCAGGAGCUGUCUGGAGCACUUCUGGGAGAGCACAGUCAUUCGUAGCUGCCCCGUCUGCAGGAGAAGAGCCUCCAAGAAAAGCCCUGCUUCAAACCGGGCCCUCAAAAACCUGUGUGAAGCGUUUCUGCUGGGCAGAGGCCAGGGCAGCGCAUCUGGAUCGAACAUCCUGUGCUGGAGACAUGGAGAAAAGCUCAAACUCUUCUGUUUGGUGGAUCAGGAGCCCAUCUGCGUGGUGUGCCAAGCCUCAAAAAUGCACAAAGGUCACGACUGCUCUCCCACGGAAGAGGCGGCACUGGACUGCAAGUAUAAAAUGACUGCUGCCAUGAAGGCACUGCAAUGUAAGCUGGAGAUAUUCAAUAAAGCAAGAAAAUCUUCAGCUAUUACUUUGGAGCACAUUAAGGGUCAAGCCAAGCGGGUUGAGAGACAAAUGAAGAAUGAGUUUCUGAAGCUCCAUCAGUUUCUUUAUGAGGAGGAAGAGCACAGGUUAUCAGCACUGAAGGAGGAGGAAGAGCGCAAGGUUGCGGCUGUGAAGAACAGAGAUGAUGAUAACGCACAGAGGAUAUCGUCUCUUGCAGACAUGAUCAGGACGAUGGAGCAAACCAUAAACGCUGAAGAUUUAACAUUGCUGCAGAACUUCAAAGCUAUACUAGAUGGAACAUGGACUACCUUUCAGGCUCCGGAAGGCAUAUCAGGAUCUUUGUUGAAUGAAUCUAAUCAUCUUGGGAAUCUGAAGUACAAGGUCUGGGAGAAGAUGCAGGCAGUUGCACCUUACAGUCCAGUAAUUCUGGACCCAAACACAGCCCACCCUUGCUUGACGCUGUCAGACGAUCUGACCAGUCUCCGCUAUAGCACCCCAAACCAAGGCCUCCCCAGUAACCCUGAGCGUUUCCAUAUCAGCGCAGAGGUGCUAGGCUGCACUGCCUUUAGCUCCGCAAGCCACGGCUGGGAGAUCGAGGUUGGUGACAAUGAGGACUGGAUCCUGGGCUUGGCCAGUGAGCGUGUGAAGCGAGAUCAGGAAGUACCUGCCAGACCAGAGAAUGGCUUCUGGACCAUCUGCCUACGGGACGGGCAAUACAGGGCUAUGGCAUCACCCCCAACUGCUGUAAAAGUGGAGGAGAAACUGCAGAGGGUCUUGGUCCAGCUGAACUGGGACAGAGGGGAGGUGAUUUUUUCAAACCCAUCACGCCAAGAAAUUCUAUACACUUUCAAACAUGUCUUUACAGAGAAGUUAUUGCCGUACUUCUACACGCAAAGUAAGCAUCCUUUGCGUAUCCUCUCCAAGCCUGUGUUGGUGUCUACAUGAAAGUAUCCUCUAAUAGGGAGAAUACAAACUGUGGAAAAUUAUUUAUAUAUACACAUUUGACAGAUGCUUUAACCCUUUGGUAUUAUUCAUUUGGGGGUCACAGUUGUGUUGUUCGCAGUCAAAACUUUUCAGUAAAAUCAAUGUAAUAUAUUUUUGUUCCAUAAUAUUUUUUAGGUAAUUUUAUGGUACUAAUUAAUAUUUAUGCAAUAAUUUUGAUCUUUUUUUUCGCAUUUCUUUUUUCUAAGAUUACUUCUCAAUUAUGGCAGUAUUUCAUGUUAAAAUAGAGACAAUGCCUUUAAAAUCCAAUUUUUGAAGUCAGAUUAGUGCCAUCUGGUUGAAGUAAAACAAGAAAAAAAAUGUGCAAUUCCAUGGUUUAGCCCAUAGAUUCCUAUAUGGCUCUAUAUAGAAGGCUUAUAAACUUUCUAGUUUUUAGGCAUAAAGACUUAUUUUUAUUAAGUUGUGGAUCUGGAUAUAUAUUUAGACAUUAUCAAAGACAACUUUUCAUAAAGCUUUAGAUUUUUUUUGGUUUGAAAUGUUAGUUUUUGCAUUAAUUUUACUACAGUCAAACCUGAACACAGAGAAAGAAGGCAUUUUGUUACGCAUAACCAAAAUUAAACAAAAAUGAACAGGAAUGCUUUAUCAGAGAUUAAUCAAUCUGAUUUCAACCUCUUAUUUGAGUCUUCUGGCUCAAUUUUGCCAUAUUGUUACAGCCACACCAAUUCAUUUGUGUGUGUAUAUAAUAGUGUGUUGUGUGUCUGUUUUGUACUCUCGAUGUUUUAGUGUGUAACCCCUUAUUUGGUGUCUGUGUUUUGACUGCAUUUUUGGCCGAAUUAUUGAUUUUAUUUCAUGCAUUUGCAGAAAUGUGCUUUGUGUUCCAGUCACACUAGUUAAUAUAUGUGUCUGUGGGGGGGGUGGGCGGAGUGUGUCUAUUUUGCACUCUUGAUAUUUUAGAGUGUCACCCCUUUAUUGCUGUGCACUCUUUUUCUGCAUCGUGAAUGAUUUGUAGAUUGUACACAAAAAAAUUCUCUGUAUUUUUGUGUAUUUCCCAUUCAUUUACAAUGGCGGUCAUUUUUGACUGCGAACAACACAAGUGUGGCUAUUUUUUAAUGACCAUUUAGCUUUUUCGAAUCAAAAUUUAUUUAAUUUUUUUUGUGGUCACAUACACUGUAAAAAGUGAAAGUUGACAACUUAAAAAAAUUUAGGAAACCCGUUGCCUUAAAAUGAUUAAGUAUAUAAUAAUAAUAAAAAAAAAAAAAGUAAGUGAACUUGACAAUUCUUUUGUCAAAACUUUUUUAAAUUAUCAUUUACUUAAAAAUUUUAAUGCAACGGGUUUCCUCAUUUUUUUAAGUUAAAGGGGUGGUUGAUUGCAAUUUCACUUUUUUAACGUUCGUGUGUAGUGUGUAAUGUUGCUGUUUGAGCAUAAACAAUAUCUGCAAAGUUGCAGCGCUGAAAGUUCAAUGCAAACAGAGAUGUCUUUUAAAAUUCUGGAAGUUUAAUGCCUACAAAAACGGCUGGUAAGGGACUACAACGAGUUACUUCCCGGGUCUGUUACGUCACGGACCCAGAUAAACCCCGCCCUCGGGAACAUGUAAGGAAGGGGGCGAGGCCAUGCUGUGCUGCUUUAGAGAAGAGGAAGAGAAAACUAGGGGUGCACGUAAAAAUCUAUUCAUAUAUGAAUCGCAAUUUUGUUUUCUAACGAUUCUAAUGGAUUCACAAGUUUCAAAAUUAAUGCUCUAAAACAGCCGUUCUUAAUACUUUUCCUCGCGUCACCCUGCUCUGCAUCUCUCUCUCUCUCUCUCUCUCGAUCGUCAGAUCAGCUCCAACAAACUGUUCCAAUUAUACAUUUUCACAUAGCAAUGAGAAGCGUUAUACACGGAUGCGUGUGCGGUUGCCGUACUGUAUUAAAGCUUUAAUCAGAAUAAUAACAUAAGCAGUAGCAUAAUAACAACGUAUCUAAAAGUAUGAGACAACAAACAAACAUACCAUUAAGAGCCGUGCUUGCACAGGUUCUGCGCGAUCCUCUUCACUAAUAUCCUCUGCGUCUCAAUCGGGCUCAAAUUGAUAAACAAUAUAGACGACGCCAUUGUUUACAAUACAACCGGAGCACAUGCCGCUGAGCUGAGGGGCGGGACAUUUGGACACACGCUCGGCGGUUUAGUGAAUCACAACACACUGAGCCAGCUAACCAAUCAGAGCCCAUCACGUAUUUCUGAGGGAGGGGCUUCAUAAAAACAGGAAAUAAUCAAGGCGUUUGUCAGAGAAGCGACAGAGCUGUGUGGAAUAAAGGUAAAUUAUAUGAAAAAUAAUGCGUUUUUAAAAAAACGAAGCAUGAACAUGGUAGACUGCACCCCAUAAACACAAUCUAGCCUAGAAAAAAAAAACAGUAAACCACCCCUUUAAGUCAACAUAUCACUUUUUACAGUGUAGCGACUGCCAUAAAAGUCACCAAGUUUCGUACCAUUCCGAUGAAGUAGCGAUUUUUAAAAAUCCGAAACAUUUAUCUCGGUCUAAAAUGACCGAACAACACCAGAGGGUUAAGUGAUUUACAGGUCAUUGUGCAAAGUAGCCCUAGGCAGUUAUCUUAAUGUGCCUGAGCAAGCGUAUCCUUACUGCUAAUAAACAUUCAAGCAA